UUCUAUAAAUAUAACCUUCAUCUCUCUGCAAUUCUUCAGACAAAACCAAACCCUUGGACUUUCUUUGUCUUAAUCCUCAAAACUUUCAAAACCUUCUGAAAGCUUUCUAAAAGAAAACCACGAAGUUUAAGAUUUUGUUCUAUAAGCUUUAUCAAAACCCUCUAAAAGGGAGAAUUUCUUGCCCUCAGCUAGCUAUAUAUUUUCAUAUAGAAAGGAAAAAUGGGAAGACCACCUUGUUGUGAAAAGACUGGAGUGAAGAAAGGGCCAUGGACACCAGAGGAAGACAUCAUCUUAGUUUCUUACAUCCAAGAACAUGGUCCUGGAAACUGGAGAGCUGUCCCUAUUAAGACAGGUCUGAGAAGAUGUAGCAAGAGCUGCAGAUUAAGAUGGACUAAUUAUCUUCGACCCGGUAUUAAGCGUGGAAAUUUCACUGAGCAUGAAGAAAAGAUGAUUGUUCAUCUUCAAGCCCUUUUAGGCAACAGAUGGGCAGCCAUCGCAUCAUACCUUCCAGAAAGGACAGACAAUGAUAUAAAGAACUAUUGGAACACUCACUUGAAGAAGAAACUCAAGAAGAUCAAUGAAUCUGGUGAAGAAGAUAAUGAUGGCUUCACUUCAUCACACACUAUUUCACAAAAGCAACAUCACAGCUCAAACAAAGGUCAAUGGGAGAGAAGACUUCAGACAGAUAUCAACAUGGCAAAGCAAGCUCUAUGUGAGGCUUUAUCUUUAGACAAAAAACCAUCAUCAAAACUUUCUCCAUCAUCAUCAUCAUUGUCAAUCAUACCACAAAACAUCCCUAGCUUCUCUUCUUCUUCCUCUACCACAACCACAAUCACCACUACUACUCAAUGCCUAUCAGGGGUAUAUGCGUCAAGUGCUGAGAAUAUCGCUCGGUUGCUUCAAGAUUUCAUGAAAGACACACCAAAAACAUUAACUCUAACAUCCUCAUCAUCACCGGUUUCAGAGACCGGACCACUUGUUUCAGCAGCUACCGAAGAAGGCGGAGAAGGGUUUGAACAAUCUUUCUUUAGCUUCAAUUCCAUGGAAGAAACUCAGAAUUUGACUCAGAAGACAAGCUUCUUCCAUGACCAAGAGAGCAAACCGGUGAUAACAAUGGAGCAAGACCCUGGUUUGAUAUCGCAAGGAUCUUUAUCUUUGUUUGAGAAAUGGUUAUUUGAUGAGAAUAUGGUUGGCAUGUCGUUAGAAGGACAAGAAGCGAUGUGCUAGAACUAAAUCAAGUGGGAUAUUUCUAAAUAUGAGAGUUAAUUAGUUAUAAGUAUUAACCUAUAAUAUGUAUGCUUAUUAUUGCAUUAGGGUUUUGGAGUCUUUAAGAGCUUUUAGCUCUACAACACUCUUUUCCCCUUUUGGUGAUAUAAUCUAUUUUUCUUUUUAAUUGUAUCUUUCAGAACGUAACACAAAGGGUGUACGUGUACCCAUCUAAUUUAUUAAUGAAUGUGUUUUGUACU